AUGUCAGCGCGCAUGAAAUCGCAGCCUGAGGCACGUACUCGUGAGUGGUGUGGUGCGUGGUCGAAGGAGGCGGGAGCGUGGCGGAGAGAGGUUGCUGAAAGACGGCCUUUUUCGGCCUCACCUGCGGCCGAAAAAGGCAACCAAACAGCAAAACGCAAUUCUUUGAGAGGAUUAAUGAUUAACUAG